CUUCCCAAACUCACUCAGAACGAAGAUGAAGCUGCUUAAGGAAAGGAAUGGAAAUGGACGGAGAAGGAGACUGUUAGCCCGUCACUUUUUUGUUAACUAGUUCUUCCAUUAAAGACGAUUGCUGCUAGUACUAUCUUGUACUAUGGUUAAUUCCAGUGCCUCCGCCGUCGAGCAGUAGGCAGAAACGCCAACAAAUUUGCCAUGGCCACCAUCGAUAUUCAUACCUUAGAAAGACGUAUUGGCGCUGUAAUCAAAGUUGGUGUUGAUUUCAGCUAUUUGGAUUCUUGCGAGCGGCACGGAAUUGUACCUACCAACGUCGUUUUGUCAGCUCUAUUCAAGGCAAAGGUCAGGAAAGCCCGCAGUGAAGUAGUUAGCCUUGUGAUUUUAUUGGAUGACUUGACGGAUGAUCAUUUCCAUCCCCUCCUUGAUCUCCUCUCGGGAAUUGACUUUUCUGAGAUUGAAGCGGUGGACUUCAGUAAUAAGUCCUCUGGGGUCCUGAGUGGUGAAUGCGUGUUGUCAUUGAUGCGUGCUGUACAUAAGAAGCUUCGAGUUGUUGAUCUCCAAGACAAAUUAUUUGGAAAGGAAUUUUUGUUGGAUCUUGCUCAGCGAGGGUUAAGAUGUCAAGUCUUAUACUUAAAGUCUUCUCAUUUUCGAAAGCUCAACAUGGUGGGGAAGUUUGUGCAUAUGCAUACGCUUAGUUUGGAUUUCAGUGCUUCACUGACUAGUUUUCGAGAGGAUUGUUUUAGUUGUAUGCCAAACCUUAAGCUCCUCUCAUUGUGUGAGACAAGGAUCUCUAAUCUCUGGACAACAAGUGCAGCAUUAGCCAAACUUCCAUCUUUGACUCGACUUCGCUUUCAGAACUGUUUUUGCUUGGAUGAAUCAGGUAGAUGUUGUGUAUCAUCCCAAAGAAAAGCAAAUGAAAGCAAUGAUUCAGGUUAUAUCGAUGGUAGGUUUUAUUCUGAAGAAUCAUGGUCUAUUGAUGAAGAAAUCCUAUAUCAAAGUUCAAAUGCAGAAGAGCAAGGCAUGAAUACAAACGAUAUAAAUUUUGAUCAAAGCACAGUGGAAUAUUCAUCAGACAAUAGCGAAGUGGAUUUUUCAAGUCAUCACCAGGACCGUUGUUUGCCACAUUUUUUACCUGAUGCUCCUGGUUGGGGUGAAUUGUUUGAUCUGCAAAAUCAGAAUUCUCUUGGAUUAUGGGACGUUCAAGAUGAAGUGCCCUUGCCAAGUUCUUCUAACUCAAAGCAUAUGCCAUGUAGUGCUUCAAGGAAGUUUAAUUCUUGUCAUUCCUCACCAAUAUGCUAUGAGAAAUAUUACCGAGAGUAUAUGAUAGCUUCCUUGCAGAAUCUGAAAAAUCUUGAUAACUUGCCAAUUGAAAAGAUUGACCGGGAGAGAGCCAAAGCAGUCUUUUCAGAACACUUCGAGUACCAGCCAUAUAAAAGACAGAAUAAAGAGAGUGUUGUGCGUAUUCUGUAUAAGCGCGAAAUAAGAGCAACCCAUACACAAGCUGGGUCUUCAAGAGAAAAGCUAUCUUAUUCAUCAUGUAACUCACCGUCCUACUAUUCUAGAUCAUUAUCUGCUGCCAAAAUGGGUUCUUCUGCAUGGCCUGCCUUGCACCCACUAUCUUGGUUGGGUAACCCAUUAAGAGAUGAAAGAAGAAGUUUCCGUCCAAGGCAGUUUGAGUAUCAUCCCUCUGAUUCAAGCCUUAUGGUUUUUGGGACCUUGGAUGGUGAGGUAGUUGUUGUCAACCAUGAGAGUGAGAAUAUUGUUAGUUACAUCCCAUCACUUGGAAUAAUGAACAGUGUCCUGGGAUUAUGUUGGCUUAAAAAGUAUCCAUCAAAGCUCAUCGCUGGUUCUGAUAAUGGUUCGCUUAGAUUGUAUGAGAUCAAUCAUAUGUCUCAAGCAAGUGUCAGUUCUGGUUCUGUUGCCUUUGAUGACUUUGAUCAGUUAACAUCUGUUCAUGUCAAUUCGGCCGAUGAACUGCUUCUUGCAAGUGGAUACUCAAAGCAUGUUGCUUUGUAUGAUAUUAGCACUGGAAGACGCUUGCAGAUGUUAACUGAUUUGCACAGAGAGCAUAUUAAUGUGGUUAAGUUUUCGAAUCACUCACCCUCUAUCUUUGCCACGUCAUCAUUUGAUCAAGAUGUUAAGAUGUGGGAUCUAAGACAGAAACCAAACCAGCCUUGCUAUUCUACUUCAAGUUCUCGUGGAAAUGUUAUGGUCUGCUUUUCUCCUGAUGACCAGUAUCUUCUUGUUUCAGCUGUUGACAACGAGGUCAAACAAUUAUUGGCUGUUGAUGGAAGGCUUCAUCUAGAUUUUAGAAUAUCUUCAACAGGAAGCUCUCAGAACUACACUCGUUCUUAUUAUAUGAAUGGAAGGGAUUAUGUUAUUAGUGGAAGUUGUGAUGAAAGCGUUGUCCGAAUUUGUUGUGCUCAAACAGGGAGGCGGCUUAGGGAUAUUUCAUUGGAGGGUAAAGGUUCAGGGGCCUCAAUGUUUGUGCAGUCUUUAAGGGGUGAUCCUUUUAGAGAUUUCAACAUGAGCAUUUUGGCUGCUUACGUUCGUCCAAGCUCAAAUUCGGAGAUCGUUAAGGUCAAUUUGCUGGCAUCCAAUGACUACUUUGAGAAAGUACACUUGUAUAGUCGGUUUUCUCAUCCAUUGCAUGGUUUGGGAGGUUGAUGUCUAUCAACUUUUUGUAUGCUUGUAAAAAGCACAAAGAACAAUGUAGGGUGAUCUCGAUUAUGAUGCCCCAUUCUUAGAAACUUGGUGCAGUAUUUAUGUGUACAACUUCUUGUGCAUACCGUGACGUGUGUUUGUGGGCGUAUGUUUUGAGACAGAGAUGAUGUUUCAUUUCUCUGCUGCAUGCAUCACUUGAAUAUCAAUUGAGUGGACGAGAAUGAUAGAUGGGAACUACAAAGCUACAGCAGCUAGUAUUAUGUAUCCAAUUCCUGAGUGACUGAUGCUGGUGUACUUAAUUGGAUGUGCUUAAUGAUGGGUGUACUGCGUUGGGUUGCGCUUGGUGCUGUCAAAAGGAGACUCUUGUCAACCAGACGCUUCUGUGUAUAAUGAUACUAUCGCUGCCAACACAAGUUGGUUUAGUUAGUAAGGCCAGACCCUUUCCACAAAAUAUGAUGUAUUCGAAUCUCGUUAUUGAUAUGAGAACUGUAUUAGUAGA